AUGGAUCAAUCAAUAGAGAAGGUGAUUCUGGAAGCAGAACCAAAUUUAACUAACCAUUUGGUUAAAAAGGCAUUGGAGUCUACACUAUGUCCAAUCUGUCAAGAUCAUAUGUUUGUGCCGUUUAUGACAAAAUGUGGUCAUAAUUUUUGUUAUGAAUGUAUAACGAGUUGGAUACAGACAAAUCAAACAUGUCCUGCAUGUCGAUCUGAAUUGGUGGAGGAGCCUUAUUUGAAUGUUCAUGUUCAAGAUAUGGUUAAUACGUUGGUGGAUACAUGUCAAAAAAUAUCAUCAUUAUCACAGAAUGUUUUGAGAGAUCGAGCUUUAAAAGUUAAACAAUACAAAUUAGAUGUCACACAUGAUAAUUUGUUUAAAAGAGUUUUCAAAAGUACGGGGCAUGCAGUUGUUGAUAUUUCGGAUGGUGUUGCCAGAUGCAGUAAUUGUCAUUGGGAAGUUCGUGGGAAUAGAUGUCCAAAUUGUCAUAUUCAUUUAAGAAACACAUAUAUAGAUGAGAUAUCAUCUGCUGAUACGGAUUUCUCUGUUGAUGAUUUUAGAGGUGUUGAUUUAGAGCUUGAAUCGGGUGAUAGUAGUGAUGAUGGGUUUAAUAUAAAUCGUGAUAUGUCUGAUGGAGAUGGUGAUUUUAUUGAUGAUAGAUCUAUAGGUGAGAUGGAGAUUGCAGAUGUCAAUCCAGAGCUUACUGAUGCUUCAAGAGAUUCUUCACCAGUGAGGCAGCCAGGAAGACGGUAUGUUCCAACAUUUAUAGAUGAUGACGAGCCUUGGGAAGAUGGGCAGAGUAGUACACAUUCAGAAUAUUAUGAAACAUGGAAUGGGUUUGAAGAUGAUGUUCACCAACCAUUCCCUAUAAUCGAUGCACCAGAGGAUGCAAAUUCUGAAGAUGAUGAGGACUGUGUAAGUCCAAGAAGGAGAAGAGCAGUUAGAGUAUUGGAUGAUACAGAUGAAUCUGAUGGGGUGUAA